AUGCCCUAUUUGAGCCAAGCCUUGCAGUCUAAUCCAAAUUCAACUCCUCAUAACAUUCUUUGGGAUGGUUUGAUAUUUUUCAAAGGUCGCCUAAUGUUGCCUAACUCUUCUGUUUUGAUCCCUUCCCUUUUGGCUGAGUAUCAUGAUACUAUUACAGGAAUCAUUUGGGAUGAUAUCUCCCUUGAUUUUAUUACCGAGCUACCAUGCUCACAAGGUUAUGAAGUGAUUUUGGUGGUGGUGGAUCGUCUAUCUAAAUACGCCCACUUCAUUGCUUUAAAGCACCUUUACACAGCUCGAAUGGUAGCAGAGGCUUUUAUAAAGAAUGUUACUAAGCUCCACAGGUUCCUGAAGUCGAUCAUAAGUGAUAAGGAUACUUUUUUCUCGGUAAUUAUUGUAGCUACAAUGCUCAUGGACCGUGAUGAGGCUCUUCGCCAACUCAAAUUUCAUUUGCACCGAGCUCUGCAGACAAUGAAGAAAUAUGUUGAUGCUUAUAGGAGGAUCAUCCCCAAGUUGUCCCCUCGCUACUAUGGACCCUUUCAAGUGUUGUCUCGUGUAGAAGAGGUGACCUAUAAACUUCAAUUUUCAGACUCAGCUCGAAUUCACCCAGUUUUUCAUGUUUCACAGCUCAAACGAUCAGUGAAGAGUGGUUCUACUACCACUACUUUGCCUCGUAGGCUGGCUGUUGCUGAAUAUAAGCCUCCUAGUCUUGAAGCUAGUUUGGCAACUCAGGUAAACAAGCACCAAGGCAACUUGGUGGAAGAAUGGUUGAUCCUAUGGAAGUCAUAG